GGCUGGUCGAAACCACUUGAAGCUUUUCUCUCAUUUCACACUCACACAAUUAAACACGAAAUAUGCUGAAAGCAAAACCAGACUUGCAAGCGGCCACCAAACGCUACUCGCAGGCAGAUGGCCCGGUUCGCAGGUUGAAUGUCAAAGGCAAAAAGCUGCAUAUCUUGGUUCCGGACGUUGUCGAGGACGAUGUUGCUGUACGUAGCGCAGCGGAAAAGCUUACCCACAACUCUGAAAAAGAAGACUACAUUCAAGAGCUGAAAACCCUGGCUACGGAACUGGAAUUUGAUCCCGUUGUACACCUUCUAAGACUGAGCAACAUUGAAGCACAAAUUGAUGAAAUUCCUUUGGAUGACCUUAUUAUGAAUGUUUGCGAUGGGAGUGAUAUUGAUGGAGUUCCAGGCCCUAGCGUAGCUGCAUAUCUCGAAAAGAAGAACUACCCAAAUGUAGUCGGGUGCGACUCCAUUUUCAUUAACAAUACGUUGACCAAGAACGGAAUGAAGGAGCUAUUUCGAGAGAGCCUUGUGUCCACGCCGCCCGGUAUUGCUGUAACCAAAACCUCUGACUUGGCGAAAUUGAUUGAGGACUGGGGAAUGGUGUAUCCACUUUUUGUUAAAGUUUCCGAUAGCUACGGUUCUGUCGGACUGGACGAUAACUCGGUUUGUCAUGACUAUGAGCAAGUUCAGAAGAAAUGCACAGAGCUGCUAAAGGAGUUUGAAAAUUUGACCGUGGAAGAAUAUAUUGAUGGACAAGAGUACUCGGUGCUAGUCUCAGGAAACUGCCGUGACGAAAACCAGACAGUAAUCGUAUACCCUCCAGCUGAGCGGGCCUUCAACAAGGAGCUCCCCCGAUUCAAGCGCUUCAUUUCAUAUGUUCGCAAUUGGGACGAAGCCCAGUAUGCACAUAAUUAUGAGCGCGUUGAGGACCCAAUUGAUUACGCAGCACUACAGGAUCUUGCUCGUCGUGCCUAUGCGGCGGUAUCCGGCAAUUGUUACGGUCGUGUGGAUAUUCGUAAGCGAGACGUGAGCGGCAAAUUUUAUGUACUGGAGGUCAAUGCAUCCUGCGGCCUUGGCAAAGGUUCAUCGUCCGAAUUCAUUUUGCAACUCGCUGGUCAGACGACUCAGGACUUUUUCCAAAUCCUCCUGAGCUCUGCCCUCAAGCCCCUUGAACCUGCUGCUAGCACCUCUGGAAGCUAUGCCGAACUCAUCACAGCGGAGCCAGACUCUGCGGUCGCGCUUGAGAAGGCUGAAGCACAGGAUAAUGUAUCGCCUCUUGCACCGGUUUUGCCACUCGAAGUUGAGCAAAAGGUGGCCAAGUUGAUCAGAAAUCCUAGUCUGGCGUUAGUUCCAAACCCUAUUGUGCACGUUAUUGUUUCGGCUGUUCUCGUUGAUCCCGAAUCUUGCAUACCUGAUCCUGAGGGGAAGCUGGCCGUCAGCUACGGCAAGGACGUUGAAUACGUGAGCGAGCUCGAGUCAAUCUUCAGGACCCUGAACUACGACCCGAUUGUCCACCUUUACCAUGUGGAUGAUGUAGAGGGUACACUACGAACGCUUUCCAAAGAUGAGGACCUUCUGUUCAAUGCCUGCUUGGGUGAUGAUGGUCUGGAAGUUGCCCGAAUUAUCGAAGAAAUUGGUUUUGCUCAUACGGUAGGGUUAAACGCACGAUUCUUUGUCGAGAGCCGGGAUAGACAAGCGAUGCGCCAAGGCCUCCUCAAAAACCGGCUCAGCGUAUCAAGCGCCGUGGUUGCCCGUAGGGGACAAGAUGUAGGAGAAAUUAUGCAGGCAAUGUCUGCAGAUGGCAUACGAUUCCCAGUCUAUAUCAAACCAAGCAUGCGGAAGCAUAUUCGACAAAAUUCAGGGCAAAAAGUUAAAGAUGAGGUAGAAUUAAAAGAUCUUCUAGCUGAGCUACCCGAAGGCGAGGAUUGGCUGGUGGAAGAUUUUGUGGAGGGUACCGAGUACAUGGUGUUAGUUGCAGGGGACGCUCGAGACCCUUUCGCGGAUGUUAUAGUUUUUCCUCCCGUCAAACUCGAUCUUGGCACGAAAGAUGCCAAAGAAAACGCCAACGGAAUCUUGGGCGUGGUCCGAAAGUUGAGCAUCAUCUCCAUCGGCAAGGCGAAAGGUCAGCAAGUUACAGGAAGCAUAACUGCCAACGCUGACGAUCGGUACAAGCCAAUGAAGCACCCGGAUGAUCUGAUUCUCCAAAUGGAUCUGCAAGACCUUGCUCGACGAGCGUUUGUCGCAGUACAUGGAAGUUGCUAUGGACUCGUCACUAUCGUCGACCGAGAAGACGGCGCAGGUCUGACGGUGAUUGGUGUCAGUGGCGAUGUCCGAUUCGGUGACGAAAAGUCUGGGACAAUACUAAGAUUGGCAGGUCAAAAUACUGAGACUUUGUUUAGCUGGCUGCUCAGGCGACCAGUAAAAGCAUGAGCGUUAGAAUGGUGACGAUGUUCGAGGUGAGGAUUACUAGAUACACUCUAGAUAGGAAUUACGGUCGUUGUUUGAAGACCGUCUAAGAAAUGUUAAAAGUGAUCAAAUGCCCACC